ACGGGCUCGAUGUUUCUGACAUCUUUAUUUAUUAGCUUUGUCUCGCUCUGAAGCGGCCGCUUGUCGACCUGCCUCGGCUAUUCGGCGCUAGCGAGCUUGAAUCGGCUGCACAGCCUUCAGUAAUGCCUUCCAACGUUGCUCUACCUCAGUGACAUUACGUCUGUAUUACUUCGCAAUAACUGUCGCGGGCAAUGGGGCUGCCGCAGAGCUCGUUCUUGUCAGACGGGGGAACUCACAGCGGAUAUCAUGUCCACGGGGUUCAAGAUGACUCGCCAGCUCUGAGGUCUGGUCUGGAGCCCUUCUUUGACUUCAUUCUCUCCAUAGGAAACACACGCCUUAAUAAAGAAAGUGACUUGCUGAAAGAUCUUUUAAAAGCCAAUGUGGAGAAAGCAGUCAAACUUGAAGUGUACAACUCUAAAAGUCAGCGGAUGAGGGAACUGGAGGUGAUACCCAGUAACAUGUGGGGUGGUCAGGGUCUACUGGGCGCCAGUGUCCGCUUCUGCAGCUUCGAAGGAGCCAAUGAGAACGUUUGGCACGUUCUGGAUGUGGAAGCCAAUUCUCCUGCAGCAUUGGCCGGCCUUAUUGCCCACGAUGACUUCAUAGUAGGAGCUGAUCAGGUGUUGCAAGAUUCAGAGGAUUUCUUUUCUUUGAUUGAAGCCAAUGAGGGGAAACCUCUGAAGCUGCUGGUGUACAACACACAGACUGACCAAUGCAGAGAGGUGGUGGUGACUCCAAAUGGUGCAUGGGGAGGAGAGGGAAGCUUAGGCUGUGGCAUUGGCUAUGGCUACUUGCACAGAAUCCCAAGUCGUCCAGCUCUGCCUCAAUCCUCUAUGAUUGACAGUGAAGAGCUGGUUGCAAGCGACCGCACUGAGAUGCCUCCAGUGGAUGCAUGUAGCCCCUCUAGCGUCAGGGAAAUAGAUUUGAAUCAAAUCGAAGAAGCUUUGCAGGACAUGUGUGUACCCUCGUCUAUUCAGCCAGAUGUUGACAUAGAUAUUUCCAACAUACCCAAAGCAAUUACUCCGGACUUGUCCGACGCGGUUUCCACCAAUGAUAUGGGCCAGAGCUCCCUGUUGGUUAAUUAUGGAGACGACUCUGGUGAUCAGUGUAGCUUCGAUACCUCAUCUGUUGACCAAAGACCUUCAUCCCUAGAGAGGGACGAGGACUCAGACAUCCAGGAGACUGAGCGGGAGGAUGUCUUUGACCCGAUCACUCACACUUCUCUGAGCAGAGAGGAUGACCUCGCAGGCCUUGAAGUCACUACAGAGCACCUGAGUGACGCGAGUAUCCCAGAGGUGCAAAAUACUGGUUCUGAGCCCUCAAGCUCAGUGAAUAUUAUCGUAGAAGAGACGACUGAGACUGCUGCGUCAGACAGUUAGGAAGACCAGAGUAUGAGCAACCUGUUCCACUCAUAACUGAUGCCUGUCGCAUUAGAGGGGAUUUAGAGCACAUUAGGAUACAGAAUGCUUCCAUUAUGAUUGUAAGUUACAUCACUGUAACUAUGUUUUCAUUUCAAAGAGUUUAUUAUUAUUCAGGUGCCAUUGCUGCAUGCUGAAUUGCACAUUUCAGAGAGAUGGUAAGUUGACAGGAAAAUGGGUAAUACAAUAUAAAUGUACUCUUUAAUUUUGGCAUACUGUCUCAACAUCAAGUAUGAAGCCUGAGUUGAUUCUUAGUUGUGUUUAAAGACAUCCUAGUUUGCACUAACAAGGCAAAGGUGACUCAUAUUUGAUUAUAUAAUUUAUUUUGUAGUUGCUCUGACUAUAACCACCUGCUGAAUAGUAUGAAACGCUAUUAGAAAGAAAAAAAGUUUGAGCUGGAGAUCCAUCAUGUGCUUUUGUUUGGGGUGGAGGUUUUUAUUUUUGAGUUUGAGAUGAAUACACGUGAAAAGAUUUCUUAAUCUCAGGCAUUUACCAUUUAUGCCACUUUGCCUUGCGUCUCAUUUUAAAUACCCGCCUUUCUUAUGUGUAGGUUUGACUUUUGAUUGGUGUGAAUGAGUGAGCCAUGUUUGAUGCAGCUCUCAUUGUUUUCUGUUUCUUCUCUUUAUAUCGAUUUUAAUUAAAUUAUGUUUCCGAUUUUUAUGGAUGGACAAAACCAUUCAAUAAUUUAUAAAAAGAAGAUGCUCAAGAUAAA